AUGGAUAUGAGUACAAGUAUGACAAAUAUUAGUAACUUGAGUGUUAUUAGUAGUAAUAGUAUAAUGAAUACAAGUAGUUUAUCAUCAUCUGAAAUUGGUUCAAUCAUCCCACCUACUGCUAGUAGUAUGACUACUUGUACAAAAGUUGGUUCAUCAAUGGUUGUUCAAUUAAAGAGAAUGAUUAAUCAAUCUUUAAAUCAUCAUUCCUAUACAACUGCUAUAUUUUAUGCUGACAAGUUAUUAAGUAUUUCACAAUAUCCUUCUGAAGAAUACUCUGAAAAUCUUUAUAUACUUUGUGAUUGUUUAUAUAGAGAUGGACAAUUUCAAAGAUCAUCUUGGUUAUUACAAAGUUUAAUUUCAAAUCAAAAUCAUGAUGAUACAAAUAGUACUGGUACCAGUACCAAUCCUUCUACAACCAAUACAUUAUCUUCUUCUUCUUCUUCUUCUUCUUGUUCAACACCAAUUAAAUUAAAAUAUAUUUAUUUGGCUGCCAAAUGUAAAAUAGAUAUAAAUGAAUGGGAUCAAUGUAUGCAAAUUCUAACUCUAGAUGAUGAAACUAUGAAUAUUCAUUAUAAUUUACAAGAACAAGAAUUUGAUGAUUUUGAUCAAUCAACUACAAAAAUAUCAUCAUUAAUUUGUAUGUUGAGAGGAAAAGUUUUUGAUGCAUUGGAUAAUUUAAAGAAAUCAAAAUAUUGGUACAUUAGAUCAUUGAAAAUAGAUUAUAGAAAUUAUGAAUCAUUUGAACAACUUGUAAAGAAUCAUGUUUUAAGUUAUUCAGAAGAAUUGGAAUUGAUAUCAAUAUUAGACUUUUCAAAACAAGAUAAAUGGUUACAUGAUCUUUAUAUAAUAUCUUUAAAGAAAUAUAAUAUUCCAUCAACAUUAUUAAAUCAACUAAAAGACGAUAAUAAUAAUAAUAACGCUGAAGAUUUAAUACCAAUUAUUGAUUGUCAAAAUGAACAACUUGAUCAAUUAAUAAUUAGAGGUAAUGAUGUUCAAACAUUGUUGGCAGAAUAUCAUUUUUAUCAUUAUCAAUAUAAACAAGCUUAUGAAAUUACUAAAAAAAUAUUAAAAAAAGAUAAACAUUAUAAUAAUCAAAUAUGUUUAAUGAUACAUUUAUCAAGUAUGUUUGAAAUGCAAUUAAAGAAUGAAUUAUUUUAUACAUGUCAUCAAUUGAUAGAGAAUCAAUCGCAAUCUGCAAUUGCAUGGUAUGGUAUUGCCUGCUAUUAUCAUUUAAUUGGCAAUUCCGAAUCGACUCAGAGAGCAUUUACCAAAUCAACUACACUCGAUAGUAAAUUGGGAGCCAGUUGGUUAGGGUUUGGUCACUUUUUUGCAAGUAAAGGUGAACAUGAUCAAGCCAUGGCUGCCUAUAGAACAGCUUCUAGAUUGUUGACAGGUUUACAUUUACCACUACUAUGUAUUGGAAUGGAAUUGGUACGAGUUCACAAUUUAAAUUUGGCUGAACAAUAUCUUUUACAAUCAAGAGAUAUUUGUCCAUACGAUCCAAUAGUCUAUAAUGAACUUGGUGUCAUUGCCUAUAAAAAUAAUCAAUUCUCAAAUGCAAUUGAAUUAUUUCAUAAUGCUUUAGAAAUUGGUUCCAAAGAUUCAAAAAAGAAAAACAAAGAUAAAUCCUCUAUAUAUAAUGAAAUGAUGGAAGCAACAUUAUUUAAUCUUGGCCAUUGUUAUAGAAAAACUAGACAAUUUACAAAAGCAAAACAUUAUUAUGAAAUAGCUUCAACUCUUUCACCAAACAAUGCAUCCAUCUUUUCUGCAUUGGGUUUUACUCAUCAUCUCCAAGGUGAUUUUGAUACUGCAAUCGAUUAUUAUCAUCAAUCUCUAAGUAUCUAUGAUGAUACUUUUACAAAUACUUUAUUAGAUAAAGCUCUAAGUUUAUCAAUUUUAAAAUUUGAUUAA